AUGCACAGAAACGGAGCCCCCGAUCUCUCUGACAUGGAAGAGGUAAAUUAGAAUGAUUACAGAACAGUUUUCGACUGCACCCUAAACAAAGACAAGAAGCUUUUUGAUUUUAUUUGUUUGUUUUUUUUUUUUUUUUUUUUUUUUUGGGGGGGGUGGAGGAUUCUUAAACUCUGAAAGCCGAGGAAAAAAAUUAUUCUGCUUUAGACGUCUUAUUAGUAAUACAUAUCCAAGCUCAAGGUCCAAAUUCAAAAGAGGCCACCGAGAAUGAAGGGAGGUAAGGAGUGUGUAGAGUUUCCACGAUUUGCAUGAACAGAAGAGAUUUGUCCUAGAUUUGCCUAAAACUAUACCCAUUCAGAAACGCACGUGAACGGUCUUCGAUGUAACAAAUUGACGGCUGGGUCAUCUAUCAUCUUUCCCUCACAGUAAAUUUGUCUUAUAUCGUAUUUAUCUGAAUAACUGUUUCAAUGUUACGAUCAUCUGUUAAAUUGUAGAGAGAGCGCCUAAGAAUGGACCGUGAGCUAGAGGGAAUCAUUGACAAGAUCAACCUUUUGCCCGAAGAUGAAAAACAACAAGAUAGAAGAGAUUUAAAAGAGCUUCAAGAGAAAACAGAGAGGAUGAAUUCCCACGCAAGAGAGACCAUUAGGAGCCUUCGUGCAGCGGCUAAGAAACUAGACAACGUGUGGAGGGACUGCAAGACAGCACAUGCCGUUGGAACCAGCUUUGGAAUAGUGGGAGGCCUUCUUUCAAUCGGAGGAGGAAUUGCAACAGUUAUGACAGCUGGGACUGCUACUCCCUUGUUGGUAGCAGGAUUGUCUCUUGGAGGCGCUGGAGCUACUACAAACAUAGGGGCAGCCGCCGUCGAGGCUCUUAUAAAUUCGGCUGAAAUAAAAAAGGCCGAAGAACAAUUGGGUGAGACUAUGAACAGUAUAAACGAAGUAAACAGGAUUGUCCAGAAGAUUUUAAUGGCGAAAGAAACAGCAAGGCUUAUUUGUAUUUAUUACCUUGCCAAAACCCUGAAGUUGGGAGGUCGUGCGGUCUUGAAGAUCCUUCGUGAGCUGGUGUUUUUCUCUGCAGGAACACCUACUAAAAUGGUGGUACAAGUAGCAGAAACUGUAAUGGCCUGUGCACAGACAGUGACUCAGGCUAGUGCGAAAGCUGCAACCCAAGGAGGUGCUCAAGGAGCGGGAAAGGCAGCUGCGCAAUCUGUUGACGAUGUGGUACGAGCAACGGGUCAGGCUGGAGUACAAGCUGCUGACGACGUAGUCCAAGCAGGGGCAAGGGCGGGUUCUGAGGCAGUCGGUGAAGCUGUGGGUAAAGUCGUCAUUGUGGUCAAUGUUGCAUUUGUGGUGUGGGAUGCCAUAGACCUUGGCUUCACCAUCAGGGAUCUCGUCGAAAACAAGGGAUCUGAAGCUGCAAAAGUUCUGAGACAAAAGGCAGACAAACUCGAGAGUGCCAUGAAGUAG